AUGCAGCUGGCUCUCAACGUUAUAAUAUUCUUCCUCGGGUUGUACCUGCCCACACUGGUGGCAUCGAAACCGCGCAAAGCUCGCCAGAAUUUGUCCAGAGAUCUCAAUCGCCGAAUCCAGGGCAUCAUCAGCGCCUUUGGUGGCCAACACGAUGGCAAAGACGACGGAAUUGCAGAAGAUGACGCUGAUCGUGCUGAGAGAGAGACGGGCCGUCUCUAUACGAAAGAGCAGGUGGAGUCGGAAUUUGAUAUGAACGCAUGGCAGCGAAUUGCGUACGAAGAGUUCAGGACGACCAUUCUCGCAAAGGGCGCUGGACUGAAAACGUUCCCCUGCGUGUAUGCAACCAUGGGUUAUCGGUCCGGAGACCACAGAUAUGUGUUCUUGGAAUCAGACGAUCCUUCAGAGCCUGUCAAUGUUCGCAUUGUUGCUCCAGCGCUUCGAUCGUACCUGAGAAUGUCAAAAUCGCUCGGGGACAAUACGAGUCUUGUCAUUAUGGCGGCUCCGACAGAGGGCGAGCCGAAAUCUGUUGACGAGUACAAUCACGGCUUUUGGGAGAUGCUCCGAGGCCUGCGCAUAUGGGACUCAAAGCCAUGGCCCAAGGAAUUUCCACAGGACACGCAAGAUGAGAAAUGGACGUAUUGCUUCGAUGGCACGCCUUUAUUCCCUGUCGCAUUGACCCCAGCUCAUCAGAAAAGGUGGUCGAGGCAUGCUCCAGUCCCUCUAAUUGCACUUCAGCCGAAGUGGGUGCUCGACCGACUGUUGAGCACACCUCAAAAGCGGGAGUCGGCUACCGCAAAGGUCAGAAAGCUGCUCAAACAGUAUGAUCAAGUGGACGUAAGUCCAGACUUGACUUCGUAUGGAGAAGUCGGGACUAGCGAAGUGCAUCAACUGUGUCUUCGGGAUGAGAACGAGCCCGCAGACAUCCCUUUUCAAGACUUUGACAGAGGAGGAUCAUCGGCAUCUUUCACACGGCGGUCUUCCCUAGAGAGUAGGCGAUCAUCGCUGGAAAGUCGGCGUCCCUCCACAGAAAGUCAGGCAGCGUGA